AUGGGAAAUCAGGCGAAACCGAUCUCAUCGCCGUCGGUACAAACGAGAACGGCAAUUGGCCGCUUUGGCGCACAGGAGGAAGCCGAGAUCAAGCUUGGAAUCUCGGAGAACGUGUUUCGACCGAUUGGAGCCUCGGAACAAGUGGAGCAAUGGCAGACAGCGCAUGGACAUCACUUUCAGCAAGGAUCCUUCUCCCCACUUGGCCGUUCAACAUCGAUGUGUGAUGUAUUACGAGCUUGUGGGAAAGAGAUCGAGCAGAGCGACUUGGCGCCGUACGUUUUAGUAACUCAUCAAUAUGCGUUUGCCAAUCAAGAAUCGAAUCCACACGCAGCACUAAUGCGGGCCUACACUUUGUACAUCACCAGGAUUCAACCAUUGCUGUUGCAAGCCUCAACUCAAGCACCUCUGCGAAUUAUGAGCUUCCUUUGUUCGAUACCGAAGGCAAAGAUUCUGGACACAUAU